AUGGCGCAGAAAGGAGUUCAGCUGGACAGAGAAACCUUCUCUUGUUCGAUCUGUUUGGAUCUACUGAAGGAUCCGGUGGCUAUUCCCUGUGGACACAGCUACUGCAUGAACUGUAUUAAAGGCUUCUGGGAUGAAGAGGAGGAGAAACUCUGCAGCUGCCCUCAGUGCAGACAGACCUUCACACCGAGGCCUGUCCUGGUGAAAAACACCAUGUUAGCAGUUUUAGUGGAGGAGCUGAAGAAAACUGGACUCCAAGCUGCUCCUGCUGAUCACUGCUAUGCUGGACCUGAAGAUGUGGCCUGUGAUGUCUGCACUGGGAGAAAAAUGAAGUCGGUGAAGUCCUGUUUGGUCUGUCUGGCAUCUUACUGUGAGGAACACCUUCAGCCUCAUUAUGAUUCACCUCCAUUAAAGAAACACAAGCUGGUGGAGCCCUCCAAGAAACUCCAGGAGAACAUCUGCUCUCGUCAUGAUGAGGUGAUGAAGAUGUUCUGCCGUACUGAUCAGCAGAGUAUCUGUUAUCGCUGCCCUGUGGAUGAACAUAAAGGCCACCACACAGUCUCAGCUGCAGCAGAAAGGACUGAGAGGCAGAGAGAGCUCGAGGUGAGUCGACUAAACAUCCAGCAGAGAAUCCAGGACAGAGAGAAAGAUGUGAAGCUGCUUCAACAGGAGGUGGAGGCCAUCAAUCAGUCUGCUGAUAAAACAGUGGAGCACAGUGAGAAGAUCUUCACUGAGCUGAUUUGUGUGAUCCAGAAAAGAAGCUCUGAUGUGAAGCAGCAGAUCAGAUCCCAGCAGGAAACUGAAGUGAGUCGAGUCAAAGAGCUUCAGGAGAAGCUGGAGCAGGAGAUCACUGAGCUGAAGAGGAAAGACGCUGAGCUGAAGCAGCUCUCACACACAGAGGAUCACAUCCAGUUUCUACACAACUACCCCUCACUGUCAGCACUCAGUGAGUCUACACACUCAUCCAGCAUCAAUAUCAGUCCUCUGAGAUACUUUGAGGAUGUGCCAGCAGCUGUGUCAGAGCUCAGAGAGAAACUACAGGACAUCCUGAGAGAGGGAUGGAGAAACAUCUCACUGACAGUCACUGAAGUGGAUGUUUUACUGUCAGAUCCACCAGAGCCAAAGACCAGAGCUGAAUUCUUAAAAUAUUCACAGGAAAUCACACUGGAUCCAAACACAGCACACAGACAUCUGUUAUUAUCAGAGGGGAACAGAAAAUUUUACAUUUUGGUACAACAACAUCCAAACUCCUGUCUCAGGUCCUCGGUCCUCCAGAGUAGGAGUGUACCUGGAUCACAGAGCAGGUAUUCUGUCCUUCUACAGCGUCUCUGAGACCAUGACUCUGCUCCACAGAGUCCAGACCACAUUCACUCAGCCGCUCUAUGCUGGACUUUGGUUUUACCACAAUU